AUGUGGCUUUUACUUCGGCACCCUAUUCCGCUUGACGCCUCAAGGCUUCAUGUGUCUGUGGCAAGGUGGAAAACAUUGCGACAGUAUAAAUCAUCUAUUCCUAGCCCUGCUCUUGCGCACAUAGGUGUGGAAUCUGAUCCGAGCUUGGCCAACACCACAUUCAAUGAAGACCCCGUAACGACAAGGCCUGAUGGUCCCGACCGUGAACAGCCCAAGGGCGAAUUGACACCUCCUACUACCCUUGGUGAGGAGGAGGAGGAGGAGGAGGAGGAGGAGGAGGAAUCCUUUGGAACGACAAUGAAGGUGGCUCCGCCGAAUGAUUCGCAAGAGGAGUACACCAGUGAGUCGGAUGAAGAAGUGGACAGAAGCGAUGACCCUUCCUACAGUCCUGGAGGCAGGUCUCCGAACGCUAAUCGCUCCGGAUUACUACAUUUUGGACAUAGGCGUCCCCUUGGCAUGUCUACAAGCGCCGCCAGCAAGAACAAUGUGAAGGAAUUAGAUCCAAACGGUGGACAAUGCCUGCUCACCCGUGACCUGGCGAAGGAGACAGGGAUUGAUAACGCUCAUCUGCUCCCCCAAGCCUGGAACAACGAUCCUGAACUGCUCACGAGGUGCGAGUGGGCUCUGGGCCAAAAGUAUAAAACUCUCCACGUUGACGAGCCUAGAAACAUGGUCAAAUUCCGAAAGGAUUGGCAUUGGAACUAUGACCAGGACAUGUUCCUCUUAAUGCCUCCAUUGAAGAUCAUCGAGGCCUUUGAUGCCCGUAGAGUGGCUCUCGAGGAAUUAUCAUCUGAAGACCCCCCAGACAUCAUGUCGUUGUAUGGCGACGUGGACAUCUUCGAGUAUCGCCUCGUUCCACUUACGAAUAAAAUUACAAAUAUAUUUCGCUUCAACAGGGAUGACGACCCCAUUUCACCCACCACUCAUAUUUCCUCGACUUCUAACCCUUCGCUGCCCCCCACUACUGACACUAAUCAGGAUGUAUCGAAGUCCGAGGCUAUCCCCACAUGGCCUACCACUUCCGAUGGCGAUCAUUCUGCAUCUGAUUCCCACUCCUUACCAUCUGUCACUCCUUUACUUACUGGUCACAGUGUGUCCAAUCCCAACUCCUUAUCGCCCGCCACUUCUGAGGUCGACUAUCCUGCAUCCGGUUCCAACGUCGCUGCAUUAAAUGUCGGUCUUUCUGAGCCCCAAUCCAAGUUAUCUAUCCAAAGUGACAGCUUGAUUUCUGAUAAAGACUUUUUAGUGUCAGACACCGAUCAGCUACUCGUAGAUGCCGGCGAUGAAGCCCGUGUGGGACUUCCUGCAAGCGAAACAGGAAUUCCUGCCACCCAAGACAAGACAUCGAAGAUGAAUCGUCCCGCAGCCAAAUCCGAUUGGUCAUGUCAUUGUUACCCGUUUGACACAUUGCCGAUUCUUCUCUCCCAUGCCCUACCCCAUUUCGUUCUCUUGAAUGCAGGGGCGAAAUUGACAGGGACGAAAUUGGGAGGAAAAAAAUUGGUAGGGGAGGAAUCGGCGGAAGAGUCGGCGGAGGAAUCGACAGGAGAGGAAUCGGCAGAGGAAUCGGAAGGGGAAGUACUACAGGAACUGGCGCUCGUGGUCGCUGACAUUUUCAAGGUCAACAUUAUACAAGCGAUGGAGGCGCUGUUCAAAAUGAAGAAGGUCUAUGGUUCGUGGAUUAACGCAGUUGUUCCAUCGACGUUCCACAUAAAGUCACAGCGUUUGUCAUCGGAAGACGAGACCACUGACUCAGAAGGGGAACAGGAACAGCUCGACCACCCGGGCCUGAGGCCGGGGCACAAUGAUGGUCAGAUUGACUCCGACAGGAGUAAGCGCUAUUCCAGACGUCAAAAUGAUAAAGAAGCCCAAGAUAGCCAUGAUCCUGUGGACAAUGUCACAGAUACAGAAGUCCUCCUAACUCACGUAUCGGUCGCAAACCCAGAGGCAUCCGGCGAGCCCAGCGAGUCUUCUCACGCAUCCAUUCCCACUUCCACCUCUGCUCUGGACCCCGACCAGACUGCUACAUCCAUUGCACUCGCUGCACCCGCUCAGACUAUCCCGCCUGCUCAGACUAUCCCGCCUGCUCAGACUAUCCCGCCUGCUCAGACUAUCCCGCCUGCUCAGACUAUCCCGCCCGCCAAUAUCAUCAAUCUUGCUGUACUUGCUCCAGUGGUGCCCAUCGAGGCCCCCUUGUACAGCCAAGUGGCGGCAGCGAGGAGGUCAGUCGCAUCUGGGAAGGCCCCAAUCGGCACAUCUAGGCAGGCAAGUCGUGGUGUACCAAUGAAGAUUCCGACAGCCAUCCCAAGAAAUGCAUGGAAUAGGGCCGGCGUAGCAGGACCAUCUCCACAGGAACUCAUUCAAUCUAGGAAACUGGCAACUGGUAGUAGCAUACCCAUACAGAACAUGGCGACCGCGCAGGAAAACUCGGCUUGGACGACAGUAAGACACCGUUCUCCUCCGGCUGGAUCUAAGAUCAAGUACUCUCAUCGUGCCUCAGGGUCUCCUGGACGUGGCUCGGUACCAGCCAAUUCUCGUACUCUUGGCGCCAGCAAAAUGGCUUCACACAAUACCACUUGGACGACAGCGAAACACUCUCAGGCUGUAAGUGCAUCGCACGCCAGGGGCACUGGACAUGAUUCGGGACAUCAGGGCAAGGGCAAAGUAUCUCCUGGGGCCAGUGUUCCUCGCACGGGCGCAAGUGCACUGCUCAACGUACCUGUACGUGUCGAAGACGACUCCCAGAGCCAGAGGAUCACUCGACGUUUGCCGGCCCCUUCACUAGCAAUUGCCUCGGACGGCCAAGGCACUCGGACGAACAAGCAGUCUUUGAACCACGGAUCCAGCAAGAGUGGAGGCGAAGGAGCCUUGGAUCCGCCAGAUCAGAAACGGAGGCGAGUCGCGCGUCCAUUAGAAGGCGAUGCGGACCUGUCAACUUCCCGUAUCCCACGGCCGGCGGGCACACGGGUCAUCGACCGGAUGAAGCCUAAGAUGACGCCUUCCCUAUCGCAUCGGAGGGUCUCCUUCGCGCAAGACCAAGGAGAGGAUCAUCCCGUAGCUUCUGGCUCACAAGGUAUAACUGAGAGGAUGCCAGCGAGUGUGAUGCAUCCAAGCAGCCAGAGAGACUCGAGGUCAACGCACGCGGAUGAUGAGCAAGAUGAGAAAGGUCGUAAGUCAACUAAACCUGGGAAGAAGAGGAGGUACUCUAGACGGUCGUUGGGGGAAACGAUCUAA